AUGAGCGGACGAUUCGUGCUUAGGAGAAGGACCCGUCUGUUGGCGCCCAGUAAUUGGUGGGAGGGGAGGCAUGUGGAACUCGAAGGAGGAGAUAUAGACCCUUUAGCUACGUUACCGGCUCGUGCGCAAUUGCCAGGGGACCCUCCGCUCUGGGUAGUGUGCGGUGACGAGCUGAGCAGCUUGCGGGGACGCCCCUCUGAAGCGGCCAGGAGCCGCGCGUCUUCCCCACUCCAGAGGCAGGACAGAGAUUUCUUCUGCCAUCAGAUGUCUUUCUGCUUGACUGAACUGCACCUGUGGUCUUUGAAGAAUACCUUACACAUUGGGGAUAGAGACAUAGGGAUCUACCAGUAUUAUGACAAGAAAGACCCACCAGUAUCAGUGACAGAGCAUGGUAACUUAGAAGAAAAGCAGAAGCUGGCAGAAUCACGAGAUUAUCCGUGGACACUCAAAAAUAGACGCCCAGAAAAACUUCGAGACUCACUCAAGGAGUUGGAGGAAUUAAUGCAAAACAGUCACUGUGUGCUGAGCAAAUGGAAGAACAAAUAUGUCUGUCAGCUCCUCUUUGGUUCAGGUGUGCUGGUGUCCCUAAGCCUCUCUGGGCCACAGCUGGAAAAAGUGGUGAUUGACAGAAGCCUGGUGGGGAAGCUCAUCUCAGACUCCAUCAGUGAUGCUCUUCUCACAGACAACUUUAUCAUCUUAUCAUUUUUGGCACAAAACAAGCUAUGUUUUAUUCAGUUUACCAAGAAGAUGGGUUCUCCUGAUACAAACAAAAGACUAGAAAAACUCUCAGCCUUGGAUUAUAAGAUUUCCUAUUACGAGAUACCUGGCCCAGUGAACAGGACAACAGAGCGUCGUCUAGCUAUCAAUAGUGUUCAGGAUAGAGUUGCUUGCUGGUGGCCACUGGUCAGUGAUGAUGCUUGGCCUUGGGCCCCCAUUUCUCCUGAAAAGGACAGAGCCAAUCUGCUGCUCCUAGGUCAUGCUCAAGGAAGACUGGAGGUUCUGAGUUCUGUCCGCACAGAAUGGGAUCCACUGGAUGUUCGCUUUGGCACCAAAGAGCCUUAUCAGGUGUUGACAGUGGAGCACUCUGUCAGUGUAGACAAAGAGCCCGUGGCUGACAGCUGCAUCUAUGAAUGCGUUCGGAACAAAAUCCAGUGUAUAUCAGUAACCAGAAUACCACUGAGAUCAAAGGCCAUCAGCUGCUGCAGGAAUGUUACUGAAGAUAAACUGAUUCUGGGCUGUGAAGAUUCUUCAGUUAUUCUUUAUGAAACUUACCGUAGAGUCACUGUCUUAACCCAGGCUGAACUUUUGCCUUCAUUAAUAAGCUGCCACCCAAGUGGCGCCAUUCUACUAGUUGGCAGCAACCAAGGGGAGCUACAGAUUUUUGAUAUGGCUUUAUCCCCUAUUAACAUCCAGCUCCUGGCCGAAGACCGCUCACCCAGGGAGACCCUGCAGUUCCGUAAAUUCUUUGACAUUUCUGGCAGUCUUGUUCAGAUGCAGUGGAUAGCUCCUCAGGUGGUUUCUCAGAAGCCAGAAUCUGGGGACAUCUAUGAUCUCCUCUUCCUCAGAUUUGACAGAGGACCUUUGGGUGCACUUUUGUUUAAACUUGGUAUCUUCACACGAGGACAGCUGGGCCUGACAGACAUCAUAUUCCAAUACAUUCACUGUGAUGAGAUCUAUGAGGCAAUAAACAUCCUGAGCAGUAUGAACUGGGACACUCUGGGCCACCAGUGCUUUAUCAGCAUGAGUGCCAUUGUAAACCAUCUUCUUAGACAAAAACUCACUCCAGAGAGAGAAGCACAGCUUGAGGCAAGCCUUGGAACCUUUUAUGCUCCAACAAGACCACUCCUGGAUACAACUAUAUUGGAAUAUAGAGACGAAAUCAGCAAAUAUGCAAGACGAUUCUUCCACCACUUGCUCAGGUACCAGAGAUUUGAAAAGGCAUUUCUGUUAGCUGUUGACAUUGGUGCUCGUGACCUGUUUAUGGACAUCCAUUACUUUGCACUAGAUAAGGGGGAACUGGCGCUAGCUGAAGUGGCAAGAAAAAGAGCUAGUGACAUUGAUGCAGAAUCAAUAACCUCUGGAGUUGAACUCCUGGGGCCUUUGGACAAAGGAGAUAUGCUAAAUGAAGCUUUUGUCAGCCUAUCUUUAGCUCCUCAAGGAGAAGACACAUUUCCAGACAAUCUCCCUCCCUUUUGUUCAAUUCAUAAACAUAUUAUUCAACAAAGAACACUGAAUGUCUCUUCUAAUAGGUAAGAUAUGUUGAAUUGAGAAAAGUGCUCUGCAGAGUAUUUAGUAUUAAACAAUUUAAAUAUUCCGUUUAAAUGCAAACUAAUAGUUAAGCAAGAAUAUUUUAAAAUGUCAAAGAAAAAAAUGUGCAUUUUCUCAUGGCAAUGACUUUGCAGUAGUUUCGUCAUGCGAGAGCAGGUAUGAUGGAGGAAGACUUCAACGUAAACAGAAUAUUGUUAGAAUGAAUGUAAUUCCAGGCCAAGAUGAACAUGAAUUACUAUAACAUAUCAGAUUCUAUUGUUAUUCUGUUGUCAAAUUUUAGAAUUGUUAGAUUAAAAUAUUAAUUUUUAGUAUAUUUAGUAUGUUUAGUAUAUUCAGUUUAUAAUUCAUAUGAUCGUACUUAUGCAACAUUAGUUUCUGAAAUCUGAUAAAUGAUAAUUUCCUAUCUAUCCAGCUGAUUAUGAGUUAUUGAGAUAGUAAAUAGGAUAAAU